GAGGCCAAAUAUCUGCCUUCGAACAUAGAAUUACAAAAGGAUGUCAGUGGAAUAUAUUCAGUUCUUGUUUGCCUUAGUAGCGCUUUGAAUAGCUACUUAUAUUGUGUUCAUGUGCCCUUCCAACUUUUCUGAACAUAAACCCGGAUCUGAACUUGUCUUGUCUUGGGAAGGAAUUCUAAAUAACUGAACAGCGGGAGAUAUAACAAUGUGGGAUUUCCCAUUCGUCGAGGCCACGACCCGAUCUCACUAAACGUAUUUGUAAGAGAACUCGAGCAGCAGGGAGCCGUACCAGGCACAGUCUCCAUGGCAACGUUUGACAUUAUCUUGAACCGAUGAAGAACAAAUAUCAACAAGAACAAAAUUUAUACUCAAAGAUCAAAUUUUGAGUGGGGCUGUGUGACAGUUGCCAGGUGAACUUGACACCUUUCGUUUUUGCGGAAUUUCUUUCGCUUUCGUCCCCGACUUCUUAUUCAGUGUUGUAGCUGAGCGGAGGUCUUUUUCCUGCGUUACUUUUGCGGACGCCAAUUCCCUCCCGAAGCCGCAAUUUCUCUUCCCUGCGCGAACUUCUUUCGUUCUCACAAAAUUGUCUUACCGGUCGUGAAACCGUAGGAAUUCCAGCGUUACUUGCCUCGCUUUUUAAGGAAAGAAGUCGGCCCCUUCUACCGUCCAAGAAAGCAAGCGUCAGAGGUUCCUUACGUUAUCAGCCUCGGACUCGACAAGUGAUGAAAACCGUGGCGAAGCGCCUAUCUGACCGUUCAACGUCGUCGACGGUACUGCUCGUGGCGAUCGCCUGGCUAGCUGUUGGAGCCAGGAGCGCGACGGCAAGGGAAAUCAGCCAGGCGAGACAUCGACGAGACGACAUCGGGGGAAGCGCUGUAACUACUGGACCGUCCUAUGGUGGUAAUGACCACGUGAGGCUGGUCAACGGCCCCAAUGCCCACAGCGGCCGCGUUGAGGUCAAACUUCACGGCGUCUGGGGCACUGUGUGUGACGACUUGUGGGAUAUAAAGGAGGCGGAGGUCGUGUGUCGGUCCCUGGGUUUUCCCGGUGCUAGCUCAGCCUUGGUGAGCUAUGGGUCUGGUACGGGCCCCAUCCUCCUAGAUGACUUGAUGUGUACUGGCCAGGAGGAGAAAUUGGAGGACUGUCCGCACGCGGGUGUGGGGAAUCAUAACUGCAGUCACUACGAAGAUGCAGGCGUAGAGUGUUCGACUCAGGCCGAUACGACGGUUGACGUGCGCCUUGAGGGAGGAGAAACGGACUUUGAGGGCCGCUUGGAGAUCCGUUUCAACGGUGGGGAGUGGGGCACGGUGUGCGAUGACAGCUGGGGACUGGAGGAAGCCCAAGUAGCCUGUCGCAUGCUGGGCUUCCCUGGGGCCGUGGCAGCCCGGUCAGGGGCCUGCUAUGGCCAGGGCAGUGGCGACAUCUUCCUGGACGACGUCGACUGCGACGGUUCCGAAGAGUCCCUGCUGGACUGCACUUUCACGGAUCGCUUCAACCACAAUUGCCAACAUUCGGAGGACGCCGGCGUGGUGUGCCAACCCGCAGUUCGUCUUGCUGGCGGGGACGUGCCGAACGCGGGCCGAGUGGAGCUGUAUCAUCUGGGUGCCUGGGGUACGGUCUGCGAUGACUAUUGGGACAUCGACGACGCCGAAGUCGUCUGCCGUCAGCUGGGCUUCUACGGAGCAUUGGCUUCCUUGGGCAGUGCGCGCUUCGGCCCGGGAUCCGGGGACAUUCUGCUAGAUAACCUGGGAUGUCUCGGGUGGGAGAGCGACCUGUUCGAGUGUCCUCACUUGGGGGUGGGGAAUCACGACUGUUAUCAUGGGGAGGAUGCGGGUGUCGUCUGCAAUGUGAACGUGCGUCUUGUGGGCGGGUCAUCCAGCCACGAAGGCAGGGUGGAGAUCUACAGCGGCGGCAGGUGGGGCACUGUGUGCGACGACGGCUGGUCCCUGAGCGACGCUGCCGUGGUCUGCCGUCAGCUGGGCCUAGGAGACGCCCUGGAGGCAACACUGAAUGCCCGCUUCGGUCCCGGCACCGGGGACAUCUUACUGGACGACGUGGGCUGCACUGGGAACGAGGACACGCUGAUAGACUGCAGCCAUCCUCCGAUUGGGACCCACAACUGCGGACAUUCCGAGGACGCUGGCGUCAUAUGCCAGGAAGAUGCUUCGAUUCGUCUGAGUGGAGGAGACAACAACCGCGAGGGGCGUGUGGAGAUCUCAAUCCAUGGAGUGUGGGGCACCGUCUGCGAUGACCUCUGGGACCUGAACGACGCCACGGUGGUGUGCCGCCAGCUGGGCUUCACCGGGGCCGAGUCGGCACCCACGGGCGCCCGCUUCGGCCGGGGGGAGGAUCCGGUGUACCUAGAUGACGUGCAGUGCACGGGCAGCGAGGCCACACUGAUUUCUUGCACCCACGCUGGUAUCGGGGAGCACAAUUGUGACCACGGGGAUGAUGCUGGAGUGGUUUGUAGCUCGUCAGAUUCUCUCCGUCUCGUCGAUGGGUCUACCCGAAACGAAGGCCGGCUGGAAAUCUACCUCGGCGGCCGCUGGGGCACGGUGUGCGAUGACUGGUGGGGGUUGCAGGACGCCACCGUGGCGUGCAAGCAGUUAGGUUUCCCGGACGCCCUGACGCCAACGGCUGGCGGCUCAUUUGGCAGUGGCACGGGGCCAAUUCUGCUGAGCAAUGUGGACUGCGUGGGCUACGAGAGUUCCCUGGUCAACUGCCAGCACACCGCAGCUGGCCACAUUCACUGUGAUCACGAUGAGGAUGCAGGGGUGGUGUGCUCACCGUCUAUUCGUCUGGUGGGAGGUACGGACUCUAAUGAAGGACGCGUGGAGGUGUUCUCCAACGGCCGCUGGGGAACAGUGUGUGAUGACGGCUGGGAUCUGAACGACGCCACCGUGAUCUGCCGGGAACUGGGCUUUCAGGAUGCCAUCGAGGCCGUGUCGUAUGCCGCCUUCGGCCAGGGGACCGGGCUGGACAUCUUGCUGGACGAUGUGGCCUGUCUGGGUGACGAGGAGAGCGUGCUUAGGUGUCAACAUAGCGGGCUGGGAAACCAUAACUGUGGGCAUUACGAGGACGCUGGGGUACGCUGCAGUAUUGCGAUUCGAUUGGUCGGUGGUUCGACACCAAGUGAAGGCCGCUUGGAGGUCUUUGCUAAUGGGUACUGGGGGACGGUGUGCGAUGACGGGUGGGGGCUGACCGAUGCCCAGGUGGUCUGUCGUGAGCUUGGGUUCAGCAGCGCCCAGGAGGCUACCACGUCGGCCCGUUUCGGCCAGGGCACGGGAGAGAUCCUCCUGGACGGUGUGAGCUGCACCGGGAGCGAGGACCGCUUGACAGAUUGCACGCAUCAGGGCAUCGGCGUAAACGACUGCAACCACGGGGAAGAUGCUGGCGUGGUGUGUGGUGGCGUCGCAGAAUCCAUCCGACUGGUCGGUGGUUCCGGCCCGUACGAGGGCCGGGUCGAGGUCUUUCUCAACGGCCGUUGGGGCACGGUGUGUGACGACAGCUGGGACAUCGUUGAUGCAGAUGUGGCAUGCCGCCAGCUGGGCUUCUCUGGGGCCGAGCGGGCAGCCAGUAGGGCUGAGUUCGGUGCCGGCACGGGGGACAUCUGGCUGGAUGACUUGGCGUGCAGUGGAGACGAAUCCGUGCUGGCUGCCUGUCCCCACGCCUACGUUCACAACUGCGUCCAUAACGAGGAUGCUGGUGUCGUCUGCUCUACUGGAGUGCAACUCCGUUUGGUGGGCGGUUCAACCUUCAGUCAGGGGAGGGUGGAGAUCUGGCACGACGGUGAAUGGGGGACAAUCUGUGACGACGACUGGGACAUCAACGAUGCUCGGGUGGUAUGCCAUCAGCUGGGGUUCUACGAGGCCCAGGCCGCCUCUGGCCAAGCUGGCUACGGUCAGGGCAGCGGGCCCAUCAUCCUGGACGACGUGCAGUGCCGAGGAGAUGAGACGGACAUCACGCUGUGUCCACACAACGGUUUCGGGGUCAACAACUGCGGGCACUCGGAAGACGCCGGGGUAUCCUGCGUCGUUGCCAUUCGGCUCCAAGGUGGCAGCAAUUCGAGGGAGGGUCGUGUGGAAGUGUUCCACCGUGGGGAGUGGGGCACGGUGUGCGACGACUACUGGGACCUGGACGAUGCCCGGGUCGUCUGUCGGCAGCUGGGUUUCCCCAACGUCCAGUCGGCCUGGGGCUCGGCCCACUUCGGGAUGGGCACCGGCCGGAUCCUCCUGGACGACGUGCAGUGCCUCGGGACGGAGGACUCCUUGGACGAGUGCCCGCACUCCGGGCUGGGAACCCACAACUGCGGUCACCAUGAGGACGCCGGCGUGACUUGCAGCCCGAACGGAAUCCGGCUUGUUGGCGGCACUUCUCCCCUCAGCGGCCGGGUAGAGAUCCUAGUGAACGGCCGGUGGGGUACGGUGUGCGACGACUACUGGGAUCUGGACGACGCCCGGGUCGUGUGCCGACAGCUAGGCUAUCAGAGUGCCGUGAGUGCGGCCACCGACGCCCACUUCGGUGAAGGCACCGGGGACAUUCUCUUGGAUGACGUGCACUGCACUGGCUACGAGACGGAGCUAGUGAACUGCCCCCAUGAUGGAGUUGGCAACCACAAUUGCGAUCAUUGGGAGGAUGCCGGGGUGGUGUGCUCCAGUGGGGUGACUAUCCGCUUGGUGGGGGGCCAGAACCCGAGGGAGGGACGGGUGGAGGUUCUCUACAACUUGGCCUGGGGCACGGUGUGCGACGACUGGUGGGACGAUGACGACGCCUGCGUGGUCUGCCGUCAGCUGGGCUUCACCGGUGGCGUGGCCUAUCAGGGCUACGGGCACUCGUGGGGAAGCGGCAGCGGGAACAUCUGGCUGGAUGACGUGGAUUGCAGCGGCAGCGAGGCGACCAUCUGGGAUUGCAGCCACUCGGGGGUCGGCGUGCACAACUGCGCCCAUAGCGAGGACGCUGGCGUAAGCUGUUCAUCCUCCCACCUUCGUUGUGCAGAAUUUCUUUCGAUUUCGUCCCUGAUUUUUUCUUUAGUGUUGAAGCUGAGUGGAGGUCUUUUUCCUGCGUCACUUUUGCCGACGCCAAUUCUCCGCUGGAGCUACAAUUUCUCUUCAGUUCGCGAACUUCUGUCGUCCUCACAAAAUUGUUGUCUUACCGGUCGUGAAACCGUAGGAAUUCCAGCGUCACUUGCUUCGCUUCUUAAGGAAAGAAGUCGGCCCCUUCUACCGUCCAAGAAAGCAAGCGUCAGAGGUUCCUUACGUUAUCAGCCUCGGACUCGACAAGUGAUGAAAACCGUGGCGAAGCGCCUAUCUGACCGUUCAACGUCGUCGACGGUACUGCUCGUGGCGAUCGCCUGGCUAGCUGUUGGAGCCAGGAGCGCGACGGCAAGGGAAAUCAGCCAGGCGAGACAUCGACGAGACGACAUCGGGGGAAGCGCUGGAACUAGUGGAUCGUCAAACGUUCGUCUGAGUGACGGGGCAUCGAUCUACGAGGGCCGAGUCGAGGUCUUCGCCAACGGUCAGUGGGGGACCGUGUGCGACGACAACUGGGGCCUAAGCGACGCCAACGUUGUCUGUCGUCAGCUGGGCUACGGGGCGGCCCUGUCGGCGCCCAUUCGCGCCGCGUACGGCCAGGGCCAGGGGCCAAUUCAACUCGACGAUGUGGCCUGCACCGGGUCAGAGAGUUCCAUAUUCCAAUGCUCGCACGGCGGAAUACAGCAGCACAAUUGCCUGCAUUCUGAGGACGCCAGCGUUCAGUGUACAGCCCCAAGUUCCGGAGGUGAUGGCAAAGACCACGUGAGGCUGGUCAACGGCCCCAAUGCCCACAGCGGCCGCGUUGAGGUCAAACUUCAAGGCGUUUGGGGCACUGUGUGUGACGACAUGUGGGACAUGAAGGAGGCGGAGGUCGUGUGUCGGUCCCUGGGUUUUCCCGGUGCGAGCUCAGCCUUGGUGAGCUAUGGGUCUGGUACGGGCCCCAUCCUCCUAGAUGACUUAAUGUGUACUGGUCAGGAGGCGAAAUUGGAGGACUGUCCGCACACGGGUGUGGGAGAUCAUAACUGCGGUCACUAUGAAGAUGUAGGCGUAGAAUGUUCGACUCAGGCAGAUACGACGGUUGAAGUGCGCCUUCAAGGAGGAGAAACGGACUUUGAGGGCCGCUUGGAGAUCCGUUUCAACGGUGGGGAGUGGGGCACGGUGUGCGAUGAUGGCUGGGGACUUGAGGAAGCCCAGGUGACCUGCCGCAUGCUGGGGUUCCCCGGGACCGUGGCGGCCCGGUCAAGGGCCUGGUACGGCCAGGGCAGUGGCGACAUUUUCCUGGACGACGUCGACUGCGACGGUUCCGAGGAGUCCCUGCUGGACUGCACCUUCACAGAUCGGUUCAACCACAAUUGCCAACAUUCGGAGGACGCCGGCGUGGUGUGCCAACCCGCAGUUCGUCUUGCUGGCGGGGACGUGCCGAACGCAGGCCGGGUAGAGCUGUAUCAUCUGGGUGCCUGGGGUACGGUCUGCGAUGACGAGUGGGACAUCGACGACGCCGAAGUCGUCUGCCGUCAGCUGGGCUUCUACGGAGCAUUGGCCUCCUUGGGCAGUGCGCGCUUCGGCCCGGGAUCCGGGGACAUUCUGCUAGAUAACCUGGAAUGUGUCGGGUUGGAGAGCGACCUGUUCGAGUGUCCUCACUUGGGGGUGGGGAAUCACGACUGUCACCAUGGGGAAGACGCGGGUGUCGUCUGCAACGUGAACGUGCGUCUUGUGGGCGGGGCAUCCAGCCACGAAGGUAGGGUGGAAAUCUAUAGCGGCGGCAGGUGGGGAACAGUGUGCGAUGACGGUUGGUCCCUGAGCGACGCUGCCGUAGUCUGCCGUCAGCUGGGUCUGGGAGAUGCCCUGGAGGCAACGAUGAACGCCCGCUUCGGUCCCGGCACCGGGGACAUCUUACUGGACGACGUGGGCUGCACUGGGAACGAGGACACUCUGAUAGACUGCAGCCAUCCUCCGAUUGGGACCCACAACUGCGGACAUUCCGAGGACGCUGGCGUCAUAUGCCAGGAAGAUGCUUCGAUUCGUCUGAGGGGAGGAGACAACAACCGCGAGGGGCGUGUGGAGAUCUCAAUCCAUGGCGUGUGGGGCACCGUCUGUGACAACCUCUGGGACCUUAACGACGCCACGGUGGUGUGCCGCCAGUUGGGCUUUACCGGGGCCGAGUCAGCACCCACGGGUGCCCGCUUCGGCCGGGGGGAGGAUCCGGUGUACCUAGAUGACGUGCAGUGCACGGGCAGCGAGGCCACACUGAUCUCUUGCACCCACGCUGGCAUCGGGGAGCACAAUUGUGACCACGGGGAUGAUGCUGGGGUGGUUUGUAGCUCGUCAGGUCCACUCCGUCUCGUCGGUGGGUCUACCCGGAACGAAGGCCGGCUAGAAAUCUACCUCGGCGGCCGGUGGGGUACAGUGUGCGACGACUCGUGGGGUCUGCAGGACGCCAUCGUGGCGUGCAAGCAACUGGGCUUUCCAGACGCCCUGACGCCCACGGCUGGCGGCUCGUUCGGCAGCGGCACGGGACCCAUUCUGCUGGACAACGUGGCCUGUGUUGGCCACGAGAGUUACCUGGUCAACUGCCAGCGUGCCGGAGCCGGCCACAUUAACUGCGAUCACGAUGAAGAUGCAGGGGUGGUGUGCUCUCCCUUGAUUCGUCUGGUGGGAGGUACGGACUCUAAUGAAGGACGCGUGGAGGUGUUCUCCAACGGCCGCUGGGGAACAGUGUGUGAUGACGGCUGGGAUCUGAACGACGCCACCGUGAUCUGCCGGGAACUGGGCUUUCAGGAUGCCAUCGAGGCCGUGCCGUAUGCCGCCUUCGGCCAGGGGACCGGGCUGGACAUCUUACUGGAUGAUGUGGCCUGUCUGGGCGACGAAGAGAGCGUGCUGAAGUGUCAACAUAGUGGGCUGGGAAACCAUAACUGUGGGCAUCAUGAGGACGCUGGGGUACGCUGCAGUAUGGCGAUUCGAUUGGUCGGUGGUUCGACACCCAGUGAAGGCCGGGUGGAGGUCUUUGCUAAUGGGUACUGGGGGACGGUGUGCGACGACGGGUGGGGACUGACCGAUGCCCAGGUGGUCUGUCGUGAGCUUGGGUUCAGCAGCGCCCAGGAGGCUACCACGUCGGCCCGUUUCGGCCAGGGCACGGGAGAGAUCCUCCUGGACGAUGUGAGCUGCACCGGGAGCGAGGACCGCCUGACAGAUUGCACGCAUCAGGGCAUCGGCGUACACAACUGUAACCACGGGGAAGAUGCUGGCGUGGUGUGUGGCGGCGUCACAGAAUCCAUCCGACUGGUCGGUGGUUCUGGCCCCAAUGAGGGCCGGGUCGAGGUCUUUCUCAAUGGCCGGUGGGGCACGGUGUGUGACGAUAACUGGGACAUCGUCGACGCGGAAGUGGCCUGCCGCCAGCUGGGCUUCACCGGGGCCGAGCGGGCGGCCAGUAGGGCUGAGUUCGGUGCUGGCACGGGGGACAUCUGGCUAGACGACUUGGCGUGCAGCGGAGACGAAUCCGUGCUGGCUGCCUGUCCCCACGCCCACAGUCACAACUGCGUCCAUAACGAGGAUGCAGGUGUCGUCUGCUCAUCUGGAGGGCAACUCCGUUUGGUGGGCGGUUCAACCUUCAAUCAGGGGAGGGUGGAGAUCUGGCACGACGGUGAAUGGGGGACAAUCUGUGACGACGACUGGGACAUCAACGAUGCUCAGGUUGUAUGCCAUCAGCUGGGGUUCUACGAGGCCCAGGCCGCCUCUAGCCAAGCUGGCUACGGUCAGGGCAGUGGGCCCAUCAUCCUGGACAAUGUGCAGUGCCGAGGAGACGAGACGGACAUCACGCUGUGUCCACACAACGGUUUUGGGGUCAACAACUGCGGGCACUCGGAAGACGCCGGGGUAGCCUGCGUCGUUGCCAUUCGGCUCCAAGGUAGCAGCAAUUCGAGGGAGGGCCGUGUGGAAGUGUUCGACAGUGGGGAGUGGGGCACGGUGUGCGACGACCACUGGGACCUGGAUGAUGCCCGGGUCGUCUGUCGGCAGCUGGGUUUCCCCAACGUCCAGUCGGCCUGGGGCUCAGCCCACUUCGGGAUGGGCACCGGCCGGAUCCUCCUGGACGACGUGCAGUGCCUUGGGACGGAGGACUCCCUGGGCGAGUGCCCACACUCCGGGCUUGGAACCCACAACUGCGGUCAUCAUGAGGACGCCGGCGUGACUUGCAGCUCGAACGGAAUCCGGCUUGUUGGCGGCACUUCUCCCCUCAGCGGCCGGGUGGAGAUCCUGGUGAACGGCCGGUGGGGCACGGUGUGCGACGACUACUGGGAUCUGGACAACGCCCGGGUCGUGUGCCGACAGCUAGGCUAUCAGAGUGCCGUGAGUGCGACCACCAACGCCCACUUCGGUGAAGGCACCGGGGACAUUCUCUUGGAUGACGUGCACUGCACUGGCUACGAGACGGAGCUAGUGAGCUGCCCCCAUGAUGGAGUCGGCAACCACAAUUGCGGUCAUUGGGAGGAUGCCGGAGUGGUGUGCUCCAGUGGGGUGACUAUCCGCUUGGUGGGGGGUCAGAACCCGAGGGAGGGACGGGUGGAGGUUCUCUACAACUCGGCCUGGGGCACGGUGUGCGAUGACUCGUGGGACGAUGACGACGCCUCUGUGGUCUGCCGUCAGCUGGGCUUCACCGGUGGCGUGGCCUAUCAGGGCUACGGGCACUCGUGGGGAAGCGGCAGUGGGAACAUCUGGCUGGAUGACGUGACGUGCAGCGGCAGCGAGGCGACCAUCUGGGAUUGCAGCCACCCGGGGAUCGGCGUGCACAACUGCGCCCAUAGCGAGGAUGCUGGCGUACGCUGUUCAUCCUCCUAAAUGGCGGGGAUGACGUGACAGCCUGUCCAUUCUCUUGUCCUCAAUAUUGAUAAUGGAACCACAGGACCUGAUAUGCGUGACCUGGAGACUCUCGCGAAGAAGUCAUUUCGUUUUGAAUCAAAUGCUCUUGUUUCUAUCAUCACAAACUUGCAGACAUUAAUAGAAAAAAGUAAAAAACAGUGAAUGUGUUGUUGAAUGUUGCAUGCACAUGUAGGCUUAUAAUUGAAAUGUACGGUGUGUGAGUUGCUAGAUGCUGCAGCACUUUUAAUCACCAUUUUGUAGACUUUCGGCAGCAGCAGGUUUUAAAAGUCGAAAAAAAAUGUUUAGUUUACUAAUUUAAUUAAAACGCUGCAGCAAAUAUCUGUUUCAUAUGCAUGUACUUGCCGUUUUCUUUACGUUUAUAUUAUUUUAGCCUUGUCACUCAUGUUUAUUGUGUGAACCUUUUGAUUUUGAUAAAAAGGACUCGUAUUUGCACGACUGGAAAAUUUGUACUUUUGUAGCUAGUUGUGAACAUGUGUGAAAUGAAAGCUGCUUGUUCUUCAAAAGAAUUUAUGAUUCAGUUUGAUGGCAGAUCAAAUUAGCAAUCAUGAUUGUAACAAAUGUCCUCUUUGCCCUUCUGUCCAAUCGAGACUCAAAUAUUUAGUCGUAUUUGUGUUGAAUUUCAUGUUGCCACGCUCAGAGAAUAUUUAGUGAAAUGGCUGAAGACAUUUUGUGUUUCAGAUCAUUUUAAAUCUGUGUAUUUUUUAACUAAUAAAUCAAUCUAAUUAUCUGCAAUUGAGUACAUGUAUAUUCAUAGCUUAAAGUGCAAGCGCCAGCGAACGGCAUAGGCAAAAACGAUUGCUCUUGUUGAACUUUUGUAGAUACUGAAGGAGCACGUCUAUAGUCUUUAACAAUUUCUGUGUACUUUGGAAGUAUUUUCUUUUCAAUAUAACCCUUUUAGAACCUAUUGUUUGAAUUAAACCUGAUCUGCCACCGCACAAUUUUGUUUUUGCAUGAUUAGGUUUAAAAUUUUGUGCACGUGUCCCUUUUUCAAGUUGUAUUGAGACUGAGAUUUUAAUUAAAGGAUUUAAUCAUAGAUUGGUCAA